CAGCUUCUGGGAGAGACAGCAGACUCGCAGGCCCGAUACGUGUACGCAAGGAUGACUCCGGCGCAGCUGAAGUGCCGCCGGAUCGCGCACAAGAAGUACCACCCGCGGGCGCAAACGCACUGGUGAGAAGUGUGUGAGGUAAAGCACGGCGGCGACGAGUUCAGCUAUCCGAUAAUGAAGUACUUGUACAGAAACAAAAAUGAUUUAUUACCCCCCUUCUCAGCUCCGAAAAUCAAUUGCACAAUUUGUUGCUGCAGCGAUGAUGGUAACGGCUUCCAAAGAUUAUUUCGAUUGUGUGUCGAUAAGUAAAUUGUGCGGAGCUGUUUAAUAGAACUCUCUCGAAGAUCAAGAUUUUGCUUUCAACUUUAUUGUAGGAUUGAUCAUCUUCUUCUACCCUUUCCAAAUGAAAACGGAGUGCAAAUUUCGACGAUAGGAAUUCAAAGUCGUCGUGAUAGUGGC